AUGGUUUCACUAGAGCAUAACCUAAACUCAGAACUGGACAUAAAUGAGGAAGAGAGUCGUGACCAAAGGAUAUUAGACCACGAAGUAGCAAAGGAGCUUGAAAGUCAGUCAUCACAACCAGUAGCUCAGACGCAAUCUAAAAAGAAACACCAGAUUCCCAAAAUGUAUGGGGUGUAUCUACUUAAUUCACUGACCAAAGAGCAGUGCUUUUAUGUUGGAUCUACACCAGAUCCUGUGCGUAGGCUAAGACAGCAUAAUGGUGAGCUGAAAUGUGGGGGUGCCUACAGAACCAAAAAACAAGGAUUUAGACCUUGGAGGAUAAUUUUUUAUGUCUAUGGAUUCCCAAGCAAGAUUAGUGCGUUACAAUUUGAGCAUGCAUGGCAACAUGCAUAUCAGACGAGACACAUCGCAGUGGAAAAACGGUUGAACCCAGGGAAAAGGAGUACUGGAAGUGGUACGAGUUUACAUGGCAAGCUGGCAAAUUGUCGAUUGUUGCUUGCUUCAGAUUUUUUCAGACGGUUAGGAUUAAGUGUGGUGAUGUUCAACGAAAAAGUUUACAAUGCAUGGCUUAAAAAUAGGUAUAAUAUCAGCAUUCCAGCAGAUAUACGAGUUGAUGUUAUGCUAAAAACCGAAGACCUGGAUGAUGUAGUUAUCAGAGGUGGUAAUUAUAAACAGCUACGGGAUUUUAUGAGUUCUGCAAUCGAGGUGAUAGACAAGUAUAUUAGCAAAUGUGAAACCGUGUAUGAUGGUGGGAAAACGCUGCAGGAAUGUCUGAUAUGUAAAACAUCGGUGGGAGUCGUUGACAACAUUAAAGUUUUAUGUAUAUGCACAUUUAAAGACUGUGAUGCCGUAUACCAUAUGGAUUGCCUGGCAAAGAAGUUUUUAAGUGAUGCAGGUGAAGAAAGCCAGACUUUGCCGAGAAGUGGGAAAUGUGUAAAGUGUCAAAAAGUUAAUUCUUGGAAUUUAUUAAUGAGGGGAACUACAUAUAUGCAGAAUAAAUAUUCAAAGAAAGAGUAA